AAUAUCUCCACCAUUCCAUUCAUAGCUACAUGUAUACGUUGACGGUAAAUAGGAACAUUGCAGGCAAUAUAGUGCGCCAAGACUGAUAUAAACGACUAGAACUGUGUAAACAAAGUUUGAUUAAGCAACAAAAUAGCAGUAAAACACGAGUGCUUAUUAACAUAAUCAACUCCUCCUCGAAUCCGUAGCGUUCCAACAUAAAACGAGGGCCGUGGCCAACAUCAUUGGCUGAUAUUUCCGCGGUGUUUCUCCAACACCUCCAAGAAUUUUAGCUCUUUGGUUAUUCACUAUUAUAAAUGCCUUUCCUUCAGAAUAAAGAUAGCUAAAACUACAUCUGGAUAUAUGCCUCCGAUUACCAAACUCUGGCACUGCCGCCUCAGAGAGGGGUGCACUGCCGACUCCCCAGCCUUCCUCCAAGUCCUCUCUGAGAUCUUCGAGCUAUGCUCGUCCUACACCAAUCCCGAUCCAGCAUCUCCGCCGAUGCACAUCAUGUAUCAGGACAUCAACGACCCUGCCAAGCUGCUGAUGAUCACCGGCUAUCAGUCGCAAGAACUCAACACGGAGGCUGACAAGGCCUAUGCUUCGAAUUACCUCCCAAGGAUGUUCGAGCACGUACAGCACGGGUGGCUGAAACAGCUCGAUGCGGAUAUCGCUUCGUUCUCUCUCGAGGAGUCGCUGACUGUUACCUACGGCCUGGCUCCUGAGACAUGGAAACUGGAGCAGGGAGCGGGCGGCUGGGAUGUGUGGCCGCAGACUGCGCAGGCGCGGAAGAAUAUCAAUCAGGUUCAGGAUCUGAAGGAAGGCCUAGUGUGGGUGCAGAUAACGCCGGGCAGCGAUGGCGCGGCGCCGAAAGAGGGAGGGAAGCUCCAGCUUCGAAAGGUGCUAGGACGGUGACUCGGCAUGUUGUAUGUUGUGUAAAAGUAUAAAACUUAUGAGCAUUCAAUUGAUUCCCCAUGCAAUCGCUGAUCGUGCAGGAUCAGGCGGCUCCAAGAAAUUGGAAGUUUGAUAACGUAUUCCACAAGCACCCGGCACGCCCGUGUGUAUUGCAUAGAAAAUUAUAAUAAAUACAAAAAAUUACAUUGUAAUUUUGGUAAUUUUAAUCAGCUUUGAUGUAGG